CUCACCCGCCGGAGCCAAUUUGCGGUAGGCUCGGGCCCACGCCCUAAGGGGUUAAACCUUUCUCAUGUUACCGAGCGGCUUAUAAGGAGGGGGAGGCCAAGCCUCCGCCUUAUUGGGAGCCUUUUGGGGUUUAUUCUCUUCCCUUCUAACUUGAUUAAGAAUGACCCAAAAGACAUCACAGCUUUGUUCCAGAGCCAAUGUUUAUACUCAAGUGCCUGAUGGAGGAUGGGGCUGGGUGGUAGCUGUCUCUUUUUUCUUCGUUGAAGUCUUUACCUACGGCAUCAUCAAGUCAUUUGGUGUCUUCUUUAAUGACUUAAUGGACAGUUUUGAUGAAUCUAAUAGCAGGAUCUCGUGGGUCAUAUCAAUAUGUGUAUUUGUCUUAACAUUUACAGCUCCCCUUUCUGCUGUCCUGAGCACCCGUUUCGGACACCGUCUGGUGGUGGUGGCAGGGGGCCUGCUUGUCAGCACGGGAAUGGUGAUGGCCUCCUUCUCCCGGGAGCUCUACCACAUGUACAUCUCAAUCGGCAUCAUAUCCGGUUUGGGAUACUGCUUUAGCUUCCUACCAACUGUCACCAUUUUAUCUCAGUACUUUGACAAAAAGCGCUCUGUGGUCACUGCACUUGCUUCCACGGGAGAAUGCUUCGCGAUGUUUGCUUUCGCCCCAGCCUCACCUUCCCGUAUCCAGCAGCCGAGGACCCUGGUCAGCAGCUGA